GCCUGUUCCACCUGGUGGCUAUCACUGCACUCAGUGAUUGGGAUCUCCGGAUCUCCCGAAUGGAUUUUGUUUGGGGGAGCGCUGCUUGGUGUAGUCACCAUCAGCUUUAGUCCAGCUAGCUAAAGCAGAAGUACCGGACUUAAACCACCCGGUGCCCCGUUGGGCCCGCGCUGUUGGGCCGGCACCAUGGCUGGGCGCAAAGGCUAUCCUGAUAUGCCUCCAUCGGUAAUCCCACCUGAGCAGCUGGAAGAAUGGCUGGAGAAGCUGCGACUCAAAGGUUACAAACCAAAAGCGCAAGAAUGGUGUCAAAAUAUGGGAGCUAUCAGUGUGCAAGAGGUCCUGGAGAAUUGGCAGGACUUUGCAAACCACUGCAGCCUCAAACCGCUGGAGCGAAAGCGUGUCGAAAGGGAUGCCGCAGCCACCGGUGGUCAGCCAGCGCCCACCCCAGACCUGCCCGCUGCAAAUCGUGAAGCGCCUUUGCCUCCCAGUGUGCCAAACUCCCCUACAACUCCGGCUGCCGGUAGCAGCUGCUUUGGUCCACCGGAGCAGCCCAACCGUUAUGCCUUGGGAGAGGAGCUUGGUACGGGUGCUACUGCAACUGUUUAUCGGUGCACGAGAACCUCCGACGGUACACAGUAUGCGGUGAAGUGCAUCAAUUUGGGCAAGCUUCGGUUACAGCCCAAUUUCAAGAAAGUCUCCUCCAAGCUGAUGCGCGAGGUGUCCAUCCUGUUCACCUUGCGGCAUCCACGGAUUGUCUCGCUGUUCGACGUCGUCGAGGCCAAUGACACCUUGCAUUUGGUCAUGGAAUUGGUCCAGGGCGGCGAGCUCUUUGACGAAAUCGUCCGCGUGGGCGCGUUCACCGAGCCCGCGGCACGCUAUGUCUUCAUACAGAUCGCUGAGGGGCUGAAGUACAUUCACUCCCAGGAUAUCGUGUAUCGUGACCUGAAACCAGAAAACAUCUUGGUGGACCAGAAGAAUUCGCGAAGAGGUCUGCUGGAAAUCAAGCUUUCUGAUUUCGGACACUCCAAGCUUAUCAACGACGGAUACAGCACAGCCUUGACGCGGGUUGGAACCCCGCAGUAUUGGGCACCAGAGGUGUCAGAUCCUGCGAAAGCAGCCCAGGGCUACAGUCAACGUGUGGAUUUGUGGUCUUUGGGCGUUGUGCUCUACGUCAUGCUGGUGGGCGCAUAUCCCUUCGAUGGACUCAAAGAGCCCAUCGACCAGCAAAUCAAAAGGGCGGCCGUGUCCUUUCCGGCCGACCGGCCUAUUUCACAGAACGCAAAGGAUUUGAUUCAGGCUUUGAUCAAACCAAGACCAGAAAAUAGAUUGAGCUUGGAUGGCUGCCUCUCGCACGACUGGAUAUCCAGCGAAAAUAGCAGUUUGGCCAAGAUAGCCAAGUUGUGCGCCAUGGGACAGUAUGCCGCCACUGAAGAGAAGCUGCCAUUGCCGGCGGAACCUGAUAAGG